GCUGAGGUGGAUAUCUUUGCUGUGGUGGAUCUCCUGGCUGAGGUGGAUCUCUUUGCUGUGGUGGAUCUCCUGGCUGCGGUGGAUCUCCUUGCUGUGGUGGAUCUCCUGGCGAUGCCCAGAGACAGGCAAUCAUGACCAACUUCAAUAGCAAGCCCAGAGGGACAAGGGAGGAGGAAAAGCUUGGACCAACCGAUUCAAUUUGCUAAACAAAACAGAAUUGUUCUGGUUGGGAAGACUGGUGCUGGGAAGAGUGCAUCAGGAAACACCAUUCUUGGCAGAACAGAAUUCAAUGUCGACUUUGCUGCCCAAUCGGUAACCAGACAAUGUGAUAGGUGUGUUGAGACAGAGAUGGGUGUCUCUGUCAUUGACACCCCUGGUCUGUUUGACACACAACAGCCAGAAUCUUCUGUAAUAACCAAAAUAGUGGAGUGCAUCGCCCUCUCUUCCCCUGGACCCCAUGUCUUCCUACUUGUUGUCCCAAUCGGCCGUUUUACAGAGGAAGAUGAAAUGGCCAUUGAAAGGAUUCAAAAUAUCUUCGGUGUGGAAGCAGUGAAAUACACUAUGAUUCUGUUCACCCAUGGUGAUGAACUGUCUGUUACCAAACGAUGUGAGAAGAGCUGUGCAGCAGAGAUUGCAGUCAUUGACACACCUGGUCUUUUUGACACACAACUGUCAGAGUCUUCAGUAAGAACCCAACUGGUGGAGUGCAUCGCCCUCUCUUCCCCUGGACCCCAUGUCUUCCUGCUCGUUGUCCAAAUUGGUCGAUUAACAGAGGAAGAGAAGAAUGCUGUGGCAAAAAUCCAAGACAUCUUUGGAGAGGCAGCUGUAAGACACACCAUGAUUCUGUUCACUUGGGGAGAUAAAUUAAAAGAUAAGAGCAUUGAAUAUUUCAUCAACAAGGCAGGAGCAGAUCUACAACAGCUCCUUCAGACAUGUGGGAACAGAUACCAUGUCUUCGACAACGAAAACAGGGACAACAGUGAGCAAGUGAAGAAGCUGAUGGAAAAAGUCUCAGCCAUGGUGAAAGAGAAUAAAGGGGACUGCUACACUAAUGAAAUGUAUAAACAAGUUGAGAGAGCCAUCCAGAGGAGAGAGGAGGAACUGAGGCAAGAAUAUGAAAAAGAGAUAAAUAAGAAGGAAGAUCUGGAAUCUGAGUUAGAACAACUAAUGCAAUCACUGAAUCUGAAAGACACUGAUCUACAAGAAAAACAAAAACAGAUAGAUGAUCUGAUGUGUCAAGUGGAACAGUUCAAAGAGGACAAAGACAUAUUAAAGAAGAAACAAAGGAUCAGAGAGAAGGCAGAAACAGACUUUGACAAAAACUAUAUAAUUGCUAGAUUGGCUAGAAAAACUGCUCGACACUGUUCCACACAAUGA